AUGAGUGCGUCAAGUGGUAGACUCAACUCGGUAGGCCGCAUGGCCAAGACGGCGCUGGCGCCCUCCAGACCUUCUUGCGCGGCGCCUCUUCGAUGCCUCCUUCCUGCUCUCAAGGUUCCAGCGAGACGAUACUCGACGCAUCCGCCAAAUGCCAAGUUGAAUCUGCCGGUCGACUACUCCGAGAUGCCUCUUCUGGCUCACACCAGCAAGACAGCGCUAAGCAACCCAGAGCUUCCGCCAGAGGUGCAGAAUGGGACGGCCAAGAAGAUGAACCUCUACCAGGCUGUCAAUGACGCGCUCUCGACCGCAUUGGCAGAAGACGAAAACGUCCUUCUUUUUGGAGAAGAUGUCGCGUUCGGUGGCGUCUUUAGAUGUUCAAUGAAGCUCGCUGAGAACUUUGGCGGCGACAGGGUAUUCAACACUCCGUUGACAGAACAGGGAAUCCUAGGGUUUGCAGUCGGGCUGGCAGCCGAGGGUAUGAGGCCAGUGGCAGAGAUCCAGUUCGCCGACUAUGUGUUCCCAGCAUUUGAUCAAAUAGUCAAUGAGGCGGCCAAGUUCCGGUACAGAGAAGGCACCAAUGGCAGGCAUGUGGGCGGCUUGACCGUCAGAAUGCCGUGCGGAGCUGUUGGACACGGCGCGCUCUACCACACGCAAUCUCCGGAAGCCUUGUUCUCACACACACCAGGUCUACGAGUGGUAAUGCCACGGUCUCCACUCCAGGCCAAGGGCCUUCUUCUCGCCGCAAUUCGAAGCAACGACCCGGUCAUUUUCAUGGAACCUAAGAUCUUGUAUAGAGCGGCAGUGGAACAAGUACCGACUGCAGCAUACACCUUGCCUCUAUCAAAGGCAGAAGUGCUCAAGGAAGGGAAAGACUUGACCGUCAUCACCUAUGGCCAGCCAGUAUAUACUUGCAUGGACGCAAUUCGCAAGGCUGAAGAGGCUUUUGGCGGAUCAAUCGAACUUAUUGAUCUGCGGACGGUCUAUCCUUGGGACAAGGAGACCGUGUUCAAGAGUGUGCAAAAGACCGGGAGGUGUGUGGUGGUCCACGAGGCCCAGUUCAACGGCGGUAUCGGUGCAGAGGUAGCUGCGUCCAUACAGGGCGACCAUGAGACAUUUAUCCGGCUCGAGGCGCCCGUCCAAAGGGUAACCGGGUGGGAUAUCCCAACGCCGCUCGCCUAUGAGCAGUUCAACAUACCUACCAUUGCGAGUAAGUCAACAUUCACCACGAGUAUUUUCUAA